AUGGGUUGCUUGAAUGUUGUUAAAGUGAAUGACACGCAGACAACGAAUCUGAAGGAAGAAGAAGAAUGCACCCUUGAUGGAGCUGUUGAUCUCCAUGGCCGACCAGCUAUUCGUGGAAGAACAGGGACAUGGUCUACUGCUACUCUGUUACUGGUGAACCAAGGGCUUGCUACACUGGCAUUCUUUGGGGUAGGGGUGAACUUGGUGUUGUUUCUGACCAGAGUGAUGGGUCAAGACAAUGCUGAAGCAGCAAACAAUGUUAGCAAAUGGACUGGUACUGUCUACAUCUUCUCUCUCCUCGGCGCCUUCCUCAGCGACGCCUACUGGGGACGAUACAAGACUUGUGCUAUCUUUCAAGCAAUCUUUGUCAUCGGUUUGGUAUCAUUAUCCCUAUCAUCCUACAUUUUCUUACUGAAGCCCAAAGGCUGUGGUGAUGAACAAACUCCAUGUGGCAACCACACAAGCCUCCAGAUAUCGCUUUUCUACGCGUCAAUUUACUUAAUUGCCCUUGGAAAUGGAGGGUACCAACCCACCAUUGCCACAUUUGGGGCAGAUCAGUUUGAUGAAGACCACCCCAAGGAAGGCCACUCAAAGGUGGCUUUCUUCAGCUUCUUCUACUUGGCCUUGAACUUGGGGUCUCUCUUUUCCAACACAAUCUUAGGCUAUUUUGAGGAUGAGGGCAUGUGGGCACUUGGUUUUUGGGCAUCCACUGGCUCAGCUGUGAUAGCUUUGGUCUUGUUUCUUGCUGGGACUCCAAGGUAUAGGCACUUUGUGCCCAAAGGAAACCCUCUCUCUAGGUUUUGCCAAGUUGUUGUUGCUUCAGCAAGAAAAUGGAAGGUCCAAGUCCCAGUGAAUGGAGAGGAACUACAUGAAGAAGAUGGAGAUGAAUUUGACAACAAUGGGAGCAGAAAAAUUCUCCAUACCCAAGGAUUUAUGUUCUUGGAUAGAGCAGCAGUAAUCACAUCAAAGGAGAACAUCCAUGAGAGCAAGGAUCGGCCUAAUUCAUGGCACCUUUGCACUGUGACACAAGUUGAAGAAGUAAAAUGCAUUCUCAGACUUCUUCCAAUUUGGCUAUGCACAAUACUGUACUCAGUUGUUUUCACUCAAAUGGCCUCCCUCUUUGUGGAACAAGGGGCUGCCAUGAAAACUACCAUUUCAAGCUUCCACAUUCCUCCCGCUAGCAUGUCAAGCUUCGACAUCCUCAGCGUUGCAGCUUUCAUUUUUAUCUACAGGCGAGUUCUCGACCCCCUUGUUGCCAGGUUACGAAAGUCUAGUCCUACAGGCUUUACUGAGCUUCAAAGAAUGGGAAUCGGGCUUGUUAUUGCGAUAAUGGCAAUGAUUGCGGCCGGUACUGUAGAGGUUUUCAGGUUAAAAUACACACAACAAAAUUGCUCCAACUGUGAAGGCUCGAGUUCUUUAAGCAUUUUUUGGCAAGUCCCUCAGUAUGUGCUCAUCGGAGCAUCCGAGGUUUUCAUGUAUGUUGGUCAAUUGGAGUUCUUCAACAAGCAGACGCCGGACGGUUUGAAGAGCUUUGGCAGUGCACUGUGCAUGACAUCCAUAUCACUAGGGAACUAUGUGAGCAGCUUAUUAGUGACCAUAGUCAUUAAGAUUUCUGCUACUGAUAAAAUGCCUGGAUGGAUACCUGGAAAUCUCAACAAGGGUCAUCUAGAUAGGUUUUACUUCCUCUUAGCAGCUUUGACAGCAGCUGAUCUAGUGGUGUACAUUAUAUGUGCCAAUUGGUAUAAGUAUAUUAAGUUUGAAGGCAAGAAUGGAGAAGACAAUGGCGACAAGCACGGCGACUUGAGAGUCUAAGUAAUACCAGUGUUGGAUCCAAAUCAUUUCUAGUACACUUUCUCUCAAUAGAUCUCUCUCGGAUGAUCUACCAUUGAAAAAUUGAAAACUAAAGUGUAUUAGAUGUGAUCUAAAUUCAAUAGCUUGGUUUUGCGUGCCAUAUGGUUAAGUGAAUGGUGUAAGAAAAUCGAAGUAAAGUAAAUGUUGAAAUCGAUGUGAAUGAGAAAUAAUGGUUGCAAUGAGACUAGAGAAAUACCAUUGUAAAUCUCUAAGUUGAGUGCCAGUGUUUUUUUUCCUUCUCUCAAAGUA